AUGUCGCAACGACAGCAACAACGAAGCGCACCAGCGCCCUCACAAACACAAACUGAAACCCCAACACAAACACCAGAGACGAGAGAACAAGCUCCUCAGAUUCUGCGGCUCCGGGGUGCGCAUACCUCCAACGGACGAUCUGUGCAGUGGGCAGAGGAUGCUGUCGAUGAGUCCAGCGACGAGUCUUCUUCAGAUUCUGACUCCGACUCGGGGUCUGAUCGCGACGGCGCACAACCAGCAGGUGGCAAGCGUCAAGGCUGCGGCCAUGGGCAUGGGCAUAAUCACGGACGAGGACGAGGAAGCGGAAAGGACAAAGAGAAGAGAGCACCAAGCCCAAAUGCGUACGAGAAAGUGCCCAAGCCGAAACCCAAGGAUGGGUCGUCGGAAACCAAGCCUUAG